UGCCUCUGAAGGGACCGGAGGUGAUAGAGCGGGUAGGAGGCGGAAGUUGCGUCAUUGCUCCUGCCGGAAGCCCCUGUGCGGGCAUGGAGCAGCACGGGGAACAGCAGCAGCAGCUCCGCAGCCUGCGGGACUUCCUGCUGGUCUACAACCGCAUGACUGAGCUCUGCUUCCGGCGCUGCGUCUCCAACCUGAACUACCGCGUGCUCACCAGGCCCGAGGAGAUGUGCCUGGACAGCUGUGCUGGGAAACUGGUCCACUCCAACCACCGCCUCAUGAGCGCCUACGUGGCGCUGAUGCCCUCCAUUGUGCAGCGCCGCGUCGCGGCCUACGAGGCCAGUGCGGCCCAGGCACCCGCCAGUCCUGCCAGGGAGGUGUCGGAGGCCCCGGCUGCCCUCCCCAGCGCCGGGGGCCCUGAGGCCCAGCCUGACUUGCAGGUGGCUUCUGGCAGUGGUGGAGCCACAGAGGGGACCUCAGGUGCUGGCACGUAGUACAGCUGUACCUCCUGGGCCCCGUCUUCUCAUGGCAGCGGGCUGGAUCUGGGCCCCGUGUCACCAGUGUGAGAAGUAACUGGUGGGCACUGCAGCAAGAGCUGGGCCUCCACGUGCUGUUGGUGAUCCUAGUCUGGAGCAAGACCUGGGCCUCCACAUGCCGUUGGUGAUCCUAGUCUGGAGCAAGACCUGGGCCUCCACGUGCUGUUGGUGAUCCUAGUCUGGAGCAAGACCUGGGCCUCCACGUGCUGUUGGUGAUCCUAGUCUGGAGCAAGACCUGGGCCUCCACAUGCCGUUGGUGAUCCUAGUCUGGAGCAGCAGCUCCUCUCUGCCCCAGGCCCAGACCUUGCAGGUCCGCAUUCUCUAGUGCCUCUGCAUUGAGAGCAGCCUCCUGACGUUGGCCAAAUCCAGUCCAUCUGUGGUGGGGCUGGGGCUGGGACUGGUGCUGGCACUGACGGCAUUGAGGGAGAGGACGCUCGUGCCUGUGGUCCCGGCCAGGAGAAGCUCCCAGCUGAACUCUCCGUCGUCUUAGCAACAGCUGCACGGGGCUGUUGUGCUCCGGAGCUGGAGCUGUUGUAUUUCGGGGAAAUGUUUCCCGGCACUAAUAAAACAGUGGUCACGAA